GGCGGGAGGUAGGCUACCAACAGCGUGACCGACAGUAGUCAGAAACACUCGGAGCACUGCAGGACAGCCCUUUCCUUUUUUCAAAGUGGGCACUUUUGCGCUGAAGUCUGCGCUCAUUAGGCUAUUUAAGAGGCUAUUUCACACACAGCGGUUCAUUCACAGGACGAAUUAGUCGCUUUGCAGAAGUAGAAGAGCAGAGGACGUCAUCGACGAGAGUCAGUUCUGGCACGGCUGAUCCGACUCUAGUAAGAUAUGGUGGACACACAGCACCUCCUGGCCUGGCCUGUGUGCUACAGCCUGAGCACGGUGGACCUGCCACUGCACGAGGACAGCUCCCACUCCCUGGACCUGAAGCCCUGCUACACCACCAUGGACUAUGCCCCAAUCUCCACCCCCCACCACUCCUCCUCCUCCUCUGCGUCCUCCUCCUCCCUCUCCCCCUCCCUGCCCUCCCACGGUGCCUCCCUCUACGACAGCCCGCAGCGUGGGGACGACCACCACCUGACCAACAUGGACUACGCCAACAUGCACUGCUACGGCGCGCAGUUCCGCGUCCACGGUUCCAUCAAGCUGGAGCCGGGGUCCCCCUCGCAGUACUCAGAGAGCCCCUCCUUCCCCAGGGUGAUGGAGGAAGCAACGUCUUCCGUCACGCUGAACAUCGAGUGUCGCGUCUGCGGGGACAAGGCCUCAGGGUUCCACUACGGCGUCCAUGCCUGCGAGGGUUGCAAGGGUUUCUUUAGAAGAACGAUUCGGUUAAAGCUUGUUUACGAUCACUGCAACCUUCGGUGUCGCAUUCACAAAAAGUCCCGCAACAAGUGCCAAUACUGCCGCUUCCAGAAGUGCCUCAUGGUCGGCAUGUCCCACAACGCCAUCCGCUUCGGCCGCAUGCCCCAGGCAGAGAAGGAGAAGCUGCUGGCCGAGUUCUCCUCGGACCUGGACCACGUGCAUCCAGAGGCGGCCGACCUGCGUGCGCUGUCCCGCCUCCUCUACGACUCCUACGUCAAGCACUUCCCCCUCACCAAGGCCAAGGCCCGGGCCAUCCUGUCUGGGAAGACCGGGGACAGCUCGCCGUUUAUUAUCCACGACAUGAAGUCUCUGAUGGAUGGAGAACAGUUGAUCAACUGCAAACAGAUUCCCGGAAGAGACCAGCAUCCGUCCCCAGCUGUCCUGGCUGACAACUAUGGGGUCGUGGCGGGCCACCCGGCGCCAGGGUACGGGGGGCUGGGGGGUCUGUCCCAGGGGCCCAUCGGGCUCAGUCACCAGGGGCGGACGGAGGGCCUGGAGUUGCGCUUCUUCUACUCCUGCCAGUCCCGCUCUGCCGAGGCCGUGAGGGAGGUUACGGAGUUCGCCAAGAGCAUCCCCGGCUUUGUAGAUCUGGAUCUCAACGACCAGGUGACGUUGCUGAAGUACGGCGUGAUAGAGGUGCUGACCCUCAGGAUGGCUCCCCUGAUGAACAAGGACGGCACGCUGAUGUCCUACGGCCAGAUCUUCAUGACGCGGGAGUUCCUCAAGAGCCUACGCAAGCCCUUCUGCCAGAUGCUGGAGCCCAAGUUUGAGUUCUCCGUCAAGUUCAACACCCUGGAGCUGGACGACAGCGACCUGGCUCUGUUCCUGGCCGUCGUCAUCCUCAGCGGCGACCGGCCGGGCCUGCUGAACGUGCGGCCCAUCGAGCGGCUCCAGGAGACGGUGCUCCACUCCCUGGAGCUCCACCUGAAGGUCAACCACCCGGACUCCAUGCAGCUGUUCGCCAAGCUGCUGCAGAAGAUGACGGACCUGCGGCAGAUCGUGACCGACCACGUGCACCUCAUCCAGCUGCUGGACAAGACCGAGGUGGACAUGUGCUUACACCCGCUGCUGCAGGAGAUCCUGAAGGACUUGUAUUAGAGAGAGCUGAUGAUCGUGUGUGUGUGUGUGUGUGUGUGUGUGUGUGUGUGUGUGUGUGUGUGUGUGUGUGUGUGUGUGUGUGUGUGUGUGUGUGUGUGUGUGUGAGACGUGUGUGUGUGUGUGUGUUUGUGUGUGUGUGUGUGUG